AUGUCAAGAAGGCCUUUGAACAAGGAACUGCAAGUGCAGAUGAUGAAACCUCUUGCCUACAGCUCUUCAUUAAAUCAGGAACAACAGCAAGAAGUAAUGGACGUAAUUACAACAGCAAUAGACAAGCACUCGACAGGACCCACCCCUAACUAUGAGGCUGUAGCAAAGCAGAUCAAGGAAACACUGGACGCGCACUGCGGGUCACCAUGGCACUGCAUUAUUGGGGAGGGCUUCGCCUAUGCAGUGGAUGCUCAAGAGGAUUCGCAUAUUUUGUGUUUUUACCAGGGAGAGCUUGCGGUGCUCUGCUUCAAAUGCUGA